AUGGAAAACGCCGAAGAAGUGUUUCAAUUCCUUGAAGAAUUCUCUAAACGUAAGCCGAAAACUAUUCCACAAGAAUUAAAUGAUUACUUAGUUUAUGUGGCUCGUACGGGAGAUCCAGUAUACCAGUGGUCCCUCGUAAAAUGUUUGUUUAAAGAGAAACUUAUUAAUGUCAUCACAGACUUUCACGAAUCGACACCUAGUGUUGAUAUUCCUCCAUGCCCCAACGUAGACCCAUUUAAUUAUGAUAUCAUGAAAAAUAGCCUAAUAGAACGGCUUGACACGUUCACAUCAGCUCCUUUCACAGUUCAAAGAAUUUGUGAACUGUUGACUUGCCCACGCAAGCAGUACAAUCGUGUAGACAAAUUUAUGCGAGCUAUUGAGAAGAAUAUAUUAGUCGUGAGUACUAGAGAGCCUGGUCUGCAGCGUCACCAUGAACCUGAGAAUGGUGAGCCUAUGGAAGCAAUGGUUAAUGGUUCUGAUAAUAACUCCGAGUAUAAUGUUGAUGUUGAAAUGGAGGACAUGUCUUGGAAGGAAUCUGGUGAAACUAGACAAACUGAACCACAACCUAGUUCCUCUGAUGCACAUAUAAAUGUUGAUGAUUUAGAAGCUAGACUUCAAGCGAAACAGGAAGAGGUAGAGAACAACACUAAGCAAACUACAGAAUAUGAAUCUGUGACACCACCUGAAUUGAAUGUAGUUGAAGCUUCUGAUGACUUACCAGAAAGUAAGUUAGAUAAGUUAAUUGAAUCAAAUGCUCCUGUAAACAAUGACAAAGAUAGCAAAGUUGAUACCACAGAACCUAUACCAGAUCAAAAAAUAGAUGUUGUCAUGGAUGAUAACACAACCACUCAGAGGGCCCUUGUUAUUCCAGAUAUAAAAGUAGAUGAUGCUGAAAUGACUGAACAGAAACUACAAGAAGCUCAAGCAGCUGAGAAAAAUGAGUUAGAAAAUAAGAAGAGCCCAGAAGACACAAUUGCAAUAGAGGCUGAAAAGAUUUCUGAUGAAGGGAGUUCCGUUGAAGGCACAAAAGAUGAACCUGAACCUAAAAAUAUAUCUGAAGCAUCUUCAUCUAGUGAAGAGAGCUCUUCUUCAAGUGAAAAUAAUGAAAGCAAUAGUAACUCUCCAAAACAAGAUGCCGAAGAUGAUAAAAAUAUCCCAUCUUUUGAAAAAAAGGAUACAGAGGAUUCCCAAGAAGAAACCCGAGAGGAAGCUAUUACACCGGGGAUCAUUCAGUCUGAAAAUUAUUCCAUUACAGAUGUCAAUUUGGAACCACCAGCAGAACCCGUAAUUAUAGAAAAACCUGUAGAAAAUGUUGAAGAACAGAAGCCAGAGACAAAAACAGAUGAAACUGUAGAUAUUCCUGUUAAUACUGAAACCCCUGAAACAUAA